AUGGCGAAGCUCGAACCUCUGGACAACGAGCCCACGUCGGACUAUGACAAAGACAGGAUGGCGAAGAAGAAGAAGGAUAGGAAUCAUGGGUCCACCAAAUUCUUCGUCUUCGUCGAUUACUUGUUCCUUUGCAUCUUUCUCGGCUUCCUUUCCUUCAUCAUCUUCAGGAUCGCUGCUGGGUCAUUUUCCUCAUGGCUAAUUUAUCAGUUUCCGAGAUUUGCUUUCUGGACUUAUUAG